GAUUUGGCCAUUUCCGCCACUGUUAAUACGCUAUUUUACAAACGGAACACGGCGAAAAGCCUUUUUUCUCAUGCAUAUUAGAAAACGCCAGGAACAUUCAUACCUCAUCGCUCUCCUUCCAUUGGGAGAAUCCGGGUUACUUUCAUUUUACUGCUCGCCGUUAAAGCAGAACAACACUUAUGAAUCAAAUUCCGCAUUCGUUUACUGAGGGGAAAAGUGGUGAAAAUGAAGCUUUUCUUUAAUGUACUCGCAGUGACUUUGUUUUUACUCGACCAUGGUGUGUCUGGUGUUUAUAGAGACAGAGUCUCAGUGUCAGUGAUGGAGGGCGAUUCAGUCACUCUACACACUGGGGUUCAAACAAACCAACAAGAGUACAUUAAAUGGUAUUUCAGCGGCCUUCGCAUUGCUCAAAUCAGUGGAGAUCUCAGUGAUAUCUGUACAGAUGUUCAGUGUAAUGUAGGUACUGAGAGAUUCAGAGACAGACUGCAGCUGGACAAUCAGACUGGAUCUCUGGCCAUCACAAACAUCACAACCACACACUCUGGACUCUAUAAACUAGUGGUACUCAGCAGCAGAAGCGACAGUGAAAUGAUGUUCGCUGUUUCCGUCACUGGUGUUUCUGCUGCUGAACGAGAUGAAAUGAAGGAGGGAGAAUCUGUCACUUUAGAUCCUGGUGUAACAAAACACCCAAAUGAUGUGAUGACGUGGUUUUUUAAUGAGAUUCUUGUUGCUGAAAUCACUGGAGAUCAGAGUAAGAUCUGUACAGAUGAUGAGUGUGAUGAGAGAUUCAGAGACAGACUGCAGCUGGACAAUCAGACUGGAUCUCUGACCAUCACAAACACCAGAAGCACAGACUCUGGACUUUAUCAUCUACAGAUCAACAGCAGUAGCAGCAGCUUCAGUUUUAGGAGGGUCAAGAGUUUCAGUGUUUCUGACACUGGCGAGUAUUCAGGUUUGUCUUCAGCUGCUGCAGCAGGAAUAUGUGCGGUUGUUGUUCUGCUGGUGGCUGCAGCUGUAACUGCUGCUGUGGUUUACUGUCGCCGCAGGAGAUACAGACAAGCAGCACAGAAUAAGGAUGAUGGUGAUCCAAAAGAGAUUCCUUUGAGUUAUGGGAUGUCCUUAAAUCAGACUCAGGCCAAGCCUUCCAAUUAAACAAUGUAACAUCAUUUAUCAUUUUAAUACUUUGAAAGUGACACUAAAGAGAAUUAGGAAAUGAUGAAGAGAAGAAAAUCAGCUGAAACUCUCGUCACUCACAAAGUGAUCCCAAGACAUUAUCUGUUUCAUGUCUAUUGCACUAUGUAUACAGUUAAUGCACUGAUCUGGUUUGACAUAUCUGUCAUAUCUGUCAUCCUCACUGAUAGGACAGACUGCAUUUCUGCAAAUACCUC